GUCAAACCCCGGGGAGCCCGGCCGGCGGCCCCGCUUUUGUGCGCGGGUCAGGGCGAUGGCAGCGGCCGCGCAGGAGGACUACGCGUACCUCUAUGAGGACUCCUCUCACCCCGCCGACUUCCUGCAGGCGUUCCGAGCGUUUUACCUGGACGGGCUGUUCACCGACAUCACCCUGCAGUGCGCCUCGGGGGUCAUCUUCCACUGCCACAGAGCCGCCCUAGCAGCUUGCAGCAGUUAUUUUAAAGCCAUGUUCACAGCCGAUAUGAAAGAGAAAUCUAAAAACCAGAUCAGACUUCCCGGGCUCAGCCAUGCAGUACUGGAAGCUCUCGUGAAUUAUGCAUACACAUCGCAGAUCCAGAUAACAAAGAGAAAUGUCCAAAGUCUACUCCAGGCAGCAGACCUCCUCCAGUUCCUGUCAGUAAAGAAAGCCUGUGAACAGUUUCUGGUGAGGCACUUAGAUACUGACAACUGCAUAGGGAUGCACUCCUUUGCCGAAUAUCAUGAUUGUUCGGAGCUAGAGAAAGAGUCCAGGAGGAUAUUGUUGUGGUAGUUUGAAGAAGUGUGGAAGCAGGAAGAGUUUCUGGAUAUUGGCAAGGAGAAGGUCUCUUAUAUUCUCUCCAGAGAUAACCUCAAUGUUUGGAAAGAAGAGGCAGCCAUUGAAGCUGUCGUUAAGUGGGUUGCACACAAUGUGGAAGAAAGACUUGAAGACAUCUAUGAACUGCUGAGCUGCAUCAGAGUAGACUUAGAUAAUGUGUAUUUGAGGUCAGUUUUAAGCCUACAAAAAAAAUGCCGACUUAAUGAUACUAAGAUAAGGUCACUCAUAUACAAUGCCCUGAGCCUCAAUCCCAAAAGUCUUUCCAGAAGACCCACAGCAGCCAUGUAUGUGAUCGGAGGAUAUUACUGGCAUCCCUUAUCAGAAGUGAAUGUCUGGGAUCCAUUAACCAACACAUGGGUCCAGGGAACAGAGAUGCCGGAGCAUACCAGAGAAUGUUACGGGGUCACUAGCUUGGGACCAGAUAUAUAUGUGACAGGAGGUUACAGAACAGAGAGCAUCGAAGCCCUUGACACCGUGUGGAUAUAUAAUAGUGAGAGAGAUGAGUGGACAGAAGGCUGCCCCAUGCUUGACGCAAGGUAUUACCACUGCACCGUUUCCCUGAGUGGCUGCAUCUAUGCGUUGGGUGGUUACCGAAAGGGAGCUCCAGUGCAAGAAGCUGAGUUCUAUGAUCCUUUAAAAAAGAAAUGGCUUCCUAUUGCAAACAUGAUUAAAGGUGUUGGAAAUGCCACCGCCUGUGUCCUGCAUGACGUCAUCUAUGUAACCGGAGGUCACUAUGGAUACAGGGGAAGCUGCACCUAUGAUAAAAUCCAGAGAUACCACUCAGGUAGCGAUGAGUGGAGUAUAGUCACCACAAGUCCGCAUCCAGGUAAACAGUCAUUUCCGUAACGAGCGCAGAGCUUGAUUUGAUUACUUGUAUCUGGGAGUCUUUAAGCCCGCUUCAGAGCUUCGGGCACGUUCCUAAUAAAAGGAGCAAUGCCUGUAGGGCAGCAAGGGCCAGAGUGGGAUCAUUUCCCAUUUCCAGACUUUGAGAGGGAAAGACCCUCUUCAAGCCUCUGUUCUAUAGAAAUCGCUAUAUAAAUACUGAACUAAGGAAUGGCUGCAUUCUAUUAAAUAAUAUUUCUAUAUUUCUAACUUUCUAUAAAAUCUAUUAAUCAGCGUUCAGCAACAAUAAUUUGUAUGAAUUUUAAAAGGGUUUUCUCUAUGUUCUACAUUUACUAACAGUAAAUUUUAAAAGCAGUUCUCACUAAGUACUAGUGCUCAUGUCUGUAUCGUCUGUAACACCUUGAGCUUGCUUUUACCAAGUGUAGCAGAAAAUCCUGAGGUGUCUCCUGAGCUCAGUGAAGAAACUCAGCUGCCCUCACUGGUGCCCAGUGUUUGUCAGGUAGCUGCAGUUAUCACUGUCAUGCUGAGUUGAACUGUAUUCCUUUCUUCCUGAAGAAUACGGAUUGUGCUCGGUUACAUUACAAAACAAGAUCUAUUUUGUGGGUGGACAGACCACGAUCACGGACUGCUAUGACCCAGAGCAAAACGAGUGGAAGCAGAUGGCUCACAUGAUGGAGAGGAGGAUGGAGUGUGGCACAGUGGUUAUGAAUGGAUGCAUUUACGUCACAGGAGGGUACUCCUAUUCAAAAGGAACGUAUCUGCAGAGUAUUGAGAAAUACAACCCUGAACAGAAUACAUGGGAAGCAGUAGGGAAUCUUCCCAGUGCUAUGCGCUCGCACGGCUGUGUCUGUGUGUAUAAUGUGUAAACAUUUAAUUCUCAUGUUGCUGUUACAGAAAACAGCAGAUGCAGUAUCCAUAACAGUACGGAGUGGCUCAUGAAUGAGAUGUCUAAUACAGUCUCUUAACGCACAUAAUUUUAAACACUCAGUAUAAGUUGUCUUUAUUUUAAACAGUUUGGAAAUACAAAUGUGGUAACAAGAUUUCCGUAUAUUUUUCAGCCCAAUCGUUCUUUCUCAUGAAAGUUUUCAAAUGGCUCUUUCAUAAUACUUUGUGCAGCUGUAUAGGAACUACUGUGAAAAACAGAUCUGUGUUCAUUCAUCACUGGGUGGAACUAUGAUCUGGUGCUCAGGUGAGUAAAGCCAAACAAAAUACUUUGCAUUUCUAUGGACUGCUGGGCUUAAGAUGAAAUCUUUGAUACUCCAAAGGUAGCCAUAGAAAUGGUUCAUUGCCACAAGCUAUGUGUGUGGUAUGUACAGAGCAAUAUCACUUGGGUAACUGGGUUAUUGCAUCCAGAAAUUGUGCAGUUAUAGGAUGCCUCUAAUCCUACCUACAGACGCCAGAGCAGAGAAGAGCACAGGCUGGGAAUGAGGGAAGAAAUGUCAUGCAGUAGCCCCAGAGCACAAGCUGAAAGUGUGCGCUAGUUUUCAGGAGAACAGUGCUCUGCAGUUCAAGGCAGUUUGAGAAAAGUGCUCGCUUUGCCCUUCUCACACUGACAGGGCCUGUGAGAAAUCAAAAAGACUCUGCAUGGCUUUGCAGUGGGCUCUUGGGCUGAUGCACCCGUAUAGUGAUGCCCUCUCCCCCUUGCCCCGAGAAAAGCCUUACCAUGGUAACUGGUUUUUUUUUAAAUCAAAGUUAAGGUGUGUCUCUUUAUGGAAUGGAAGGAAGAAAUGAGAGAGACUGGGAAGUUGCUAACAUCCCCCCAAGACACAAACUUCUCCAUUUUUUAUAAUAACAUUUGGUGUUUUAUAAAAGUGCUAAACUGCAACUUAAGCAAAGGUGACAGAUGGAAGAAACUUGUCAGAAUAUGUUGAAGAGACUGACUGCCAGGUGGUCCCCUGGAUUUAUGUAUUAUUUAUCUCAAAAUGGAAUAGGAGGUCUUCAGAUUCUGUCUGGAAAGCAACUUGAGAUGGGCAGGAAUGUCGUCAUUUGAUCACCUCUUCACUGGGAGACAUGGGUGGCAGGCUCUCAGUGCAGCAUGACAGUACCAGUCCCGGCAGAAAGCAGAGUCCUUAUAGAGUAUUUAAGUAUCUGGUGGUUUGACCCUGCUAUCCCCAGCCUUCUCACCAGUCCUUGUUCUGCAUAGUGUCAUGUAGGUAGUUAAUACAAAUGCAUUUGAUGAUUGAAUCAUUAUUGCAGUGACUUCUUGGGAUUUAUUUUCUCCUCAUAGCUUGUAUAGAUAUUGUAAAAUACGGGGCUUGCUAUGAGCCUGCUUCCUGAGGGGGCAAGGUGCAACUGUGUUGUCUUUCUGUGCAUGUAUAAGCUCCUCUUUAAUGCUGGACUCCCUUGUCUGGGUUCAGCCGUGUUCUACAGGGAGGUAUAGGCCUUAAAAAUACAAUUUUUCAGUUUUUAUGAAAAUUGAUAACAGAAUAGAUGGGGGGAAGAGAGACUGAAAGGAAGCACACGAGUCAUGUGGAAAGUACAAGAUGGCAAAGCCUUCCUAGAGCUGAAGAGGUGGCUGUGAGGAGCGAUCCCUCUCCUGCCUUCAUUGCCCCUCACCCGCUCAGCUGCUGUGGGACUACAGGGUCUGAUAGCAGUGAUCCAAAUAAAGAAAUGCCUUGGGAAGCAGGGAGGCUCUUUUAGCCCAGAUCAGUUCCCCAGUGCAGCUUGUAAAGUGGCUGCAGAAACAGCUGUUGGGCAUCGGCACGAGAGGCAGGGAUGAAACAGGGCUGUGGUGGGAACUUCCUAUGGCAGCACCGCCACCUAAAAUGGAAUUUUGGUUUUACUGGAUUUAUGGGUGAGCCCUGAGUUGAUAAUAUUUCUUUUUCUUGGUGAUUUUCAACAUUUUUUUGUUCUCUCACAUUUUUAUGCUAUUUCUCACUCAAAUUUGACUACUGGUAGCAGGCUGCACCCAGCUCUGAGCUUUGAUGUAAAGCUCCGCAGUGUAUAUAUAGUUCUGGGUUUGAUGUCUUUAUGUCAGAAGCCCAUGGGCACAUGGGUUCAGUGUUUUGCUUCACUAUCAUAGAAUCAUAGAAUGGUUAGGGUUGGAAAGGACCUUAAGAUCAUCUAGUUCCAACCCCUCUGCCAUGGGCAGGGACACCUCGCACUAAACCAUGUCGCCCAAGGCUCUGUCCAACCUGGCCUUGAACACCUCCAGGGAUGAAGCAUUCACAACUUCCGUGGGCAACCCAUUCCAGUGCCUCACCACCCUCACUGUAAAGAACUUCUUCCUUAUAUCGAACCUGAACUUCCUCUGUUUAAGUUUAAACCCAUUCCCCCUUUUCCUAUUGCUACAGUCCCUGAUGAAGAGUCCCUCCCCAGCAUCCUUGUAAGCCCCCUUCAGAUACUGGAAGGCUGCUAUGAGGUCUCCACGCAGCCUUCUCUUCUCCAGGCUGAACAGCCCCAACUCUCUCAGCCUGUCUUCAUACAGUAACUGAGAGCUACUCAAGGAUCCAAUGUAAUUUGUUUGAAGACACUGAGCUGUGAAGAGGUGUGGGGAAUCGAACUCUCAUGAUGCUUGAAAUGCAUGGGCUGGGUGGGCGAGCAAAAGAAAUAAAGAGAGUUUGUUUCUCCUGGCAAUCCUACAGCUGAGAAUUGCUCAAAGACGGGUAGAGAUUUAAAGGACAACACUGCAGGAGCAUGAAGGUGAUCUUUGUAUGGAACAAAA